AUGGUGCGCGAUAGAUGCAACGAGUUGAAGCCAUGUCGCGCUUUGCUGGACUCAGGGUCACAAGGCACGCUUAUAACCGAAUCUUGCGUACAGCGACUGCAGCUGAAACGAGGCUUUGAUAGAUCUAUGUUAUAUGGGGUCGGUUCAGUCAAUGGAGGUCACACUAGAGGAAGGGUCGAAUUAAAUAUCGAGGCGACACAAUAUGACACCAUUAUUAGAACUGAGGCAUUAUGCUUGCUCAAUUUAACUUACACUUUGCCUCCGUGCGAUAUAAGCCAUCACAGUUGGACAUUUUUCAAUGAAGUUAAUCUUGCAGAUCCUUCAUAUUCGAAACCUGGUAAAAUCGACAUCAUACUUGGAGCAGAUGUCUUCACUAGCUGUUUACUGCCAGAGAAGUUGACUCAUCCUAGCGGUUCACCGACCGCAGUCAACACAAUUUUCGGUUGGGUUAUAAUGGGUAAAAUAAAGGGAGCAGACGAACAAAACAUUGUAACUGCACAUACAUGUGUGGAUUUAAAUCAGCAACUUCAACGCUUCUGGGAAGUUGAAGAUCUACGAGAACCGACAAAUUACCUGACGGAUGAAGAGAAAAAAGCGGAAUUACAUUUUCAACAACAUACUCAGUGCGAUGUACAAGGCAGGUACGUUGUUAGGCUCCCGUUAAAAGAGGAUGAGGUUAACCUAGGGGAAUCACGGUCUGCUGCGCUUAGACGACUUAUUUCAGUGGAGCGUCGAAUCGACAGUGAUGUGCAACUCAAGGAAGAAUAUGGGAAAUUUAUGGACGAAUAUUUAGAGUUGGCGCAUAUGGAGAUUAGCAGCACGGUAAACGUACACAGAAAGUACUUCAUGCCACAUCACGCAGUAUUCAAACCAACAAGUGCCACAACAAAACUACGGGUAGUGUUCGACGCAUCCUGCAAGAGUUCAAAUGGAUUGUCACUCAACGACAACUUGUUAAUCGGUCCAACAAUACAAAAGGAUCUGUUCGAGAUCAUAACCAAAUUCAGGAAAUACAAGGUUGGAUUUGCCGGCGAUAUCGAAAAAAUGUACCGACAGGUAUUGGUACAUCCAGAUGACCGGCCGUUGCAGCGUAUAUUGUGGGGACGUUCCACGGAGGAAGAACCUACUGCUUACGAUCUUCGCACCGUAACAUAUGGCACGGCAGCUGCACCUUUCUUAGCGGUAAGGACACUGCAGCAAGUGGCAUAUGACUACUCUGAUGAAUAUCCUGACGCAGCAUCUGCAAUAUCGAACAAUUUUUAUGUAGAUGAUUUCUUGGCAUGUGCUCCCAAUUCAGGAGGAGCAGUGAAGCUAAAGAACGACGUGUGUUCAGUUCUAUCCGAGGCAGGAUUCAAGCUACGUAAGUGGUCAUCAAAUUCGAGAAAGUUCUUGGGUACAAUUGACAUAGAUGAUUAUGAAAAAUCUCCUGAUACAAUCAUCGACACCACAAGCGCCGUAAAAACACUUGGUUUGCUUUGGGAGACUUCAACAGAUAACUUCAAGUACAACGUGGUGCUUGAAGAUAUCACGUUAACCGUGACAAAACGUAAUGUACUAUAUUGCCAGAAUAUUCGACCCAAUCGGAUGGAUUGCUCCGAUCGUUAUUAA